GUUUGUCCGUCACCCUCUGGAAGAGCGCCUCCGAUUCUUGUAACCUCUCCGUAUUGUUGGAUAAAGGUCGCUUCAUCUCCUUCACCCCAGGUGGGUGUGAGCGUUAGUAAGGUGUGCGCGUGGGGCCCGAGUAUAUUUUGGGGCGAUGUACUGUGCGUACCAGGAUCGGAAGGAGUUGGAGGACGAUCUCUAUCAAGAUGAUGAAGGGGACUCUGAUGGGUCGGAGGCCAACAGCGAGCUGGAGUUCCACCUCUACAGCCAGCUCCACUACUCCUCUAAUGCCAGGGCGCUGGAGGAGCAGGAGGACAGGGGAGAGACGGCGGAGGGCCAGGACAGCCUGCAGCCCGAGGGGCCCGAGAAGACUGUAGAUGUGGACGGAGAACGGGAACAUACUGGAGAAAGUAGGCCUCCAUCACCCGAUUUGAGCAAAUUACUGCAAUACCCGCAGAAAAAGGAGAAGAAGAAGCGAGAGAAACUCGAUAACCAGAAAACGGGGGACCCUAAAAGUCAGAGGUCGUCUUCAUCAUUUAUUGAGGAGGUCAUCGUGAUCGACUCCAGCCCUGACGUCAUCUCCAUCUCCGAGGAUGACACUGAUGAUGAUGAUGAAGGCGUCUGCAACUUAAAGGGCCGAAGCUUACGCCGGCUGCAGACUUCCACCCCGGCCCAACAGGGAAGCAAAAAAAGGAGUGUCAGUGCACUGGUGACUGUGGACUCCAGCACCUCAGCGUCCGACUUGGAGGAGUCCAAGUCCGACUCUUCGGACUCGUCAGAUUCGGAUCAUCUGGAGAACUGGAUGAUCCUGGGUCGAGGGAAGCAGGACGAAGACCAGAGCAUCUCGCUCAACCUGGAGGGAGGGACCGACAGCAACGAAGGUGCGUCUUUGUUCAGACUUUUGUGAUGCUUUUUUUUUGGGAGGGGAGGUUUUGCAUUCGCAUGUGCGGAGAACGUACGUGGCGGGUCUCUGUAGUUCGGUCCAGCUCAGUCAGAACACACGGCCUACCUGCAUUGAUGAGGAGCGAUGGGCCGCUCUGUGAGCGCUCUGUGAAUCUGUAAGCCCUCAGCAUUCCUGGCAGCGUCUGCCCAGUCGCUCGCUUCUGCGAUGCAUCUUUAAGUGUGUCUGUGUGCAUUGUGUGUUGAUAUGUGGGAAUAUUUGUGUUUAUAAAAUAUUCCACUUCUAAUCAGCAUGCAUGUGUACAUACACGCGCGCAUACCAGCAGUCGUAACGCUAAUGCCAAAAACAAACAAACGGAGAGACAACAGGGGAGGUUGGGAGAGAUGGGAGUAAUCAAAAAAUGAAUAAAAAUGUUCCCUGCAAAUCUCUUCAGAUCUACACAUUAUCUUAACCUGCAGCCUCAGCAACCUCUCCAGCCCCCUCCCUCCUACCUAACACUCUCCCAUCUCAUUCUUUUAUCCUAUUUUCUCACUAUUGUGCUCUCUCUCUCCCUCUUUCUGUGUCUCUCUCACUGUUCCUUCCUCAUUUGAAUUUCCCUGGGCUGAUGUUUCUGCAAGAGUGCUCACUGCCUCCUCUACACACAACUGGGCUAAAGGAGGGGGUCUGGAGCUGGUGGGGAGGCUUGAGGGUUUUGGCCUGCUUUUUGGGAGGAAAGGAGGAUUUUAGGUCUCUGUUUCUCUCCCUUUCUCUCUUCCUCGCUCUCUCUCCCUCUCUUGUCUGGCUUCUCUCUGUGAUCUUUGGAGCUUGACCUCAUGUCGGCACAUGGGGGGUCAUGGGUGUGGCGUGGAAGGGGGUCUUAAAGU